GGCGGCGGCGGCCGAGCGACCAGUGGAGGUCGGCAUUGGUCGCUGGCGUCUCGUGGGAUCGGCGGAUUCCGUGCUGCCGUCGCGGGGACGACCAGCAGACUCUGCGCCGAGCGAGCUCAGAGGCAAUACAUAUGGCAUCACCAUCUGAUAUGCCGAAAGAGCCUCCUGCUGCGACAAUUCAGGUUCAGGUGCAAUGGUGCGGCACCGAUUAUCCUGUGGGUGUAAAAGCAGAUGCGGAUAUAGGGGAAUUGAAGCGAAAAACAUGUGAGGUGACGGGGCUCCCUUCAAAAAGGCAAAAACACAUGAACCCUAAGAACAAGGAGUACAAUGAUGACCAUCCCAUUGGCUUGCUCCAACCACCUCACAUGACAGAUCUCAUCAGUUUGAAUAACAAGGUUGCAUACGACAUAUACAAGGAUCAUUUCUUUGGGGAGAAACCGACAUGCAGCGUGAAGGCUACAAAGGACCGCAUUGUAGAUUUCGAUGGGUCAAGAACAAAGCUGUACAAAGGAAAAUAUCAAGUAGGGAGCAUGGAGAUUCAGUGCCUUAUCAAGUUCUAGUGUUCUACCAGCCAGAAGACAGAGCUGACCUUCUUCGUUCGAUCGAACUGAUGCGAACUUGGAAGCAUCCAAAUUUGUUGGUGAUGGAAACUCUGUACAAGGAGACAGGUAACCAAGUUCAGCGUCUUGUGCUAUCACCAGACACAGUCAAUGGCUCGUUGCAAGGAUACAUCAACUCAAGGAAGGAAAAGGGAGAAGAUGUGAUUUCAAAAGCCAACGGCUCCUUUACUGACUUCUUUCUAAAGAUGAUACUAGAUCUUUGUGCUGUGUUGGACCAAAUGGUGAAGCGCAGAGUAUGCCCAAGAAAACUUGGUAUGCAAAACUUAUAUCUCAAGAGCGUGGAGAAUGCUGAACCAGAACUGAAAAUACUUUUCGACAAGGUUGAUUGUCUGCAUGAAUCUAAUAAAAAACAACUGUUGACCACCUUAUGUACUGACAUCAAAGCUAUCUGCACUUCCAAUGGCUCCGUACCCAAGGACGUGGGGACAGAAGCAUUCUGCAAUUUCCUUGGGAAGGAAGCCAUGAUGUUUAUUGGAAGAAAUCUUGCAAAAACUGCAAGGCAUUAUCCAAUCAUGUGGACAAAUGUGCAAAAAAGCAAGUACCUCAUUGAUCUGAUACCUUCCAGUGUAGAUGUUCGGAAAGCCAUCAAUGAGACUAGAAUUGUGUGGCCUACAAGUAAAGAUGGUGAUAUGUGUCAGGAGUUGCAAGAACUGAAGAAACGUGUUGAUGCAGAAAAUUACAACAUCAAGAAAGAAAGGCAAGCCUUAGAAGAACAGAAGCAACACUUAGAAGAAGAAAAAGCGAAGAUCAUACAUGAGAAGGUCGAUGAUGAAGAGAGUAGGAAAAAGAGGCUAGCCAUGAUAGAAGAACAUUUAGCAAAAAAUCAACAGGACACUUAUAAAUUGAGGCCUGAAAUCAACUGGAACUACAAUAUAAAAUAUGCUCAUGAUCUUAUUAGGCUGACCAGAAACUUGUGGAAGCAUUAUGACACAUAUCCCUUGACCAUCAAGACAUUCUUGAAGAGUAAAGACGAAAUACUGGCUGCUCUGGAGAAAUGGUGCCCCAACGUUUGGUUUCUCUUGUACAAUGCUGUUGGUUUAGUCUGAUGAAGUGCCGACCAAAGAUGGUUAUGAUAUUGCCAUGUGGUCUCAUUUCAAGUAGGAUAGUUUGACAUGGAUGGGUUUACCUUGUCUGACAUAUCAUGCAUGUUUGAUUGAUCCCUCUGAAGCAUGGUUUGAACUGUUACCACUUGACUAGUAGUAAUCUUCAGUCUGAGCCUGCAAAGGAAUCUGCUAAAAAAGGCUGUGUUGAUGAUGUUGUUUAGAAGGGAGCAGAAGUUGGUUAAUGAGAUUUCUGUGAA